GAAUUAUGGGACACAGAGUAAAGAUGGAAGCCGCCACACAGAGCAUGUCGAAGCGUGAAAAACAAACAUUUUAAAGCGUUACAUGUUCGUAAGUGAUCCUUGGCUGCGAUAUAAACAAAGGACUCGAGUGGCACAAGAUUCUGAACACGCGUGGAAACAGAAAACUGUGGACAUGUCUCUGCUGGGAGGUCUUCUGAGAGCUGGGGCGUCCUACUGUCAGUCUGCUGGGACGCUGCUGCACACAGUCAGGACCAUUUCUACAGGUACAUGCUGUCAGAUCAGGAUGCACGCCAUCCCUCAGCCGAAAAAGGUGGACAGAUGGACUGAGAAGAGGAGCAUGUAUGGAGUUUAUGAUAACAUAGGAAUCUUGGGGGACUUUAAAGCUCAUCCUAAAGACCUAAUCGUGGCCCCCUGCUGGCUGAAAGCUUUCAAAGGUAAUGAACUGCAGCGGGCAAUUAGAAAAAAGAAGAUGGUGGGAGACAGAAUGAUGACUCAGGACAGGCACAACUUGGAAAAGAGGAUACGCUUCCUCUAUAGACGCUUCAACCGCACUGGCAAACAUCGCUAAUGCUGAACAAAGUGCAGAGCAGCCAAGGACUGUGUCAGUCUGUUGGUGUGAUUUCAUGCUGUCACUGUGCUCUGUUUCCAUUUUUCUAGGUUAUUGUGUGUUUCAGACUGAAUGUGCUUUAUUCAUUUCUUAUCAGUAACUGAUUCAAAAUAAAUGCUACUAAAACCUGAAAAUAAAUUAUAAAUGGA